GUGCAUGCAAGCAUGUGUCAAACCAGUUCACGUUACAGUUACUACUACUAGAUCGGCGGAAAUUUCAACCCAGUUUGCUGUACUACUAAUAAUACUUGUCGAGAAGAUUUGACAGAACAGAAGAGUUUAAGUAUGGAACAUCAGAAUCAGAGAUCCCUCAAGAGAUAUCUUGAUGCUGUUAUUGGUGAUGACGACGAAAUGUCUAUACCUCGUACAACCCGUUGGAGGAGGGAACAUCAGCGUAUUGAGGCGGGAGAUCGAGAUGAACUUAUGAUGGAGCCUGUGCAUGUGGAGGACACGACCGAUGACCAAAACAUUGCAGGUCUUGACGAAGCGCUAGCAGUUCCUCUGCCUGUGACUGAAGAUGGUGCAAAUGAGGAAGCUGAGCAUGUCCAAAGCAGUGAAAGUGGUCCAGAGUCUGUUGCCAAUCACAUCGACAGCGACACGGAUGAAAGUCCUCUGGAAUCUCUUGCUGAAUCUGGUGUAAGUGACAUCGAUGAAAAUAGUCUGGUGUCUUCUGCCGAAUCUGCUGACACUGAUGAGAAUGUUCCAGAGUUUGUUGCUGAGCCUGUUGGUGCCAAUGCCCCUGAAGAAUCUGAUGCAGCAGAAUUUUCAGUCAAUAGUGACAAUGACAUCCCUGAUGGAUAUGAUGAUCAGAGCAGUAUUCCAGAUAGCAGUGAUGUAGGGAACAUAUCCGGGGAUGAAGAGGAUCUGUUACACGAUGACGAUGAUCUGUUACACGAUGACGAUGAUCUGUUACACGGUGACGAUAGUGAGGGAGAGUCCACUGACAAUGAACCUGAUGGAGAUGUUCCUCUGUUUGAGAACUGCAAUGAGCCUCUUUUCAAUGGGACACAAACGACAAAGGCUGAGGCAAUUUUGAUGAUAUUAUCAUUUGUGAUGAGACACUGUCUCUCAUCCAUAGCUGCAAUCCAACUUUGUGAACUUAUCAACACUUUGUUUGGUCGAGCAAUUUUCACAUCUGUUGACAGGAUUUUCAAAAAAGUAUUCUCAAACCAAGUAUUAAAAUUAACCUUUCAUUUUUAUUGUGUCUCAUGCUAUGCCUAUGUGAAGUCGUACAAUGUGCUUACAGAAGACAAUCUGUUAUGUCCACACUGCACUCACCCUUGUGCUGUGAAUAAUUUGUGCCAUGAAAAUUUCUUCAUUACCGCAGACCUACCCACACAAGUAAAGUCACUUUUUGAGAGACCAGAUAUAACGGCACAUCUUUCAUAUCGGAGAAAUAGGGAUAAAUUGUCCCCUGAAAACAUUGAAGAUAUAUAUGAUGGAGAUAUUUAUAAGAAUAUGAUGGCUGAUGAAGAAGUAUUAGGCAAUGACAAUAAUUUUUCAUAUUCUUUCAACACCGAUGGAUUUCCUGUAUUUAAGUCUUCCCGAUUUUCUAUGUGGCCAAUUUUCUUAAUGAUAAACGAAUUACCUCCUAAGCUCAGACAUAAUAACUUAUUACUUGCAGGUGUCUGGUGUGGAAAGAGUGAACCGAAAAUGGAGGUUUUCUUAGAGCAAUUUGUAAAGAAAGCAAAAGGAUUGGCUGAAGAGGGUGUUUCUUGGAAAAGAGGUGAUGAUGAAGUCCGAAGUAAACUCUUUGGCCUUUGUUGUUGUGCUGAUGCCCCUGCACGUUCCUCCAUGCAAAACACAAUUAGGUUUAAUGGUUACUAUGGCUGUUCUCUGUGCUAUCACCCAGGAAAAGUAGUUGAACGUACUGUUAAAUAUCCCAUUGAUGUAUGUGAAUAUAAUGAUCGCACGGAUGAUGAAAUGUUGCAAGACAUGGCUCUGUCAAUGGAGGAGAAUAGACCCGUUAAGGGAGUGAAAGGACCCAGUCCAUUGAUUAAUCUUCCACAAUUUCCUAUUUGUUGGGGCUUUCCUGUGGAUUUUAUGCACUGUCUUUUACUAGGGGUAACUCGUCAGCUUGCUGAAUUGUGGUUUACAUGUGCAACAAAUCCUUUCUAUAUUGGUUCGGUCAGACUGAUGUCAGUCUUUGAUGAGCGUCUUAGGUCAAUAAAGCCUCCAAAUAUAGUUGCCCGAGCUCCUCGUCCCAUAUCAGAGCGGAAAAGCUGGAAAGCAUCAGAGUGGUACUCCUGGCUACUUAUCUACAGUCUUCCGUGUUUGAAUGGUAUUUUACCCCGUGAAUACUGGUUGCAUUUCCUCCUCUUGGUCCAGGCUUCAUAUCUGUUACUACAGAAGUCAAUAACAUUGGAAGACUUGCAUCAAAGUGACUUGUUGCUUCUUGAGUUUGUUGGCAAGUGUCAGAUUUUAUACGGAGCAGGUGUCAUGACAUUCAAUAUUCACUCAUUAACUCAUCUAGCAAAGUGUGUUCAACUCUGGGGCCCACUCUGGACGCAUUCUUGUUUCCCCUUUGAAGCUGCAAAUUUUAGAAUCAAGAGGCAGCUUAAAGGAAACACUGGAUAUGUAAUGCAGGCAGUGAGAAAAUUUUUGUUUAUUCAUUCGCUUCCAGGUUUGAUUUCAAAGAUGGAAGUGUCUUGUCAACUCCUUAGGUAUUUUGAUAUGGUCUCUCCUGUCUUAAUUUCCCAUGGUUAUAAUGAUGUCAGAGUUUUGGGAAAUGGACACACUCGGCAUUUGAAUGAUAUUGAAUAUGAAGCCCUUCAAGCACUUGGUAUUCAAAUUUAUGAAAAUGAAGCAGUUACUGUUUAUAACAGGAUAAAGGUCAGGGGACUUUUUUUUUUGUUCUUCUUCAUAUCGAGCUGAGACUAUGAAAAGAAAUAAUACAUUAGUUGCUUUUGUAGAUGGAAGGGUGGGCAAAUUAGAAAAUAUUGUGGAAAUCAACAAUUCUUAUUUCAUGAUGGUGCAUUUACUUAACUUGAAUAACCUUGACACUUUUUAUGAUCAAAAUGCAGAUGUUCAGAUUACUCACAUCAAGAUUUGUAAUGGAGAGGAUGCCAAUGUAACUGCAAUACCUAUUGUGGAUGUAUAUGCUAACCGUGUCGAAGUGAUUAUCGAUGAUCAUAGAUACAUCAGCGAGUUACCUAACUAUGUGGCCUUGAACUGACAUGAUGUAGUUUAAUGGGCGCCCAUCAAAUAAUCAAAUUUGGGAAGUGAAUUAACAUGGGCCUUCGCUUUAGUGAUUUACAUGUUUUUUUAUUUUUGAUAACAUCACUCAUGGGAUCAAAAAAUAGUAGAUGUCACGUACGAUGAGUACAGAAUUAGUUCCCACACUGCCCAGCCAACAUCAUUGUACCCCUUAGCCUUCUGUGCUAAUAGCACUGGGGAGUCUUAUGGUUGGCUGUACAAUGUGAACUGUUCCACUACACGCCAGUUUUUAAAUCUACCCCUUUUCACAUUGUGAAUGAUGUAAAGAAAAAUCAAAACAUGUACAUGUAAAUGACUAAGCUUACUGUGUUCUACCUCCCAAGAUUAUUUCCAGGUGACCGGAUCCCUUCAAGGGACAAUACAAGUGUACUUUUUUUGUGACAUUCACAAUGAGCUGAUGGGCUAAAAGGUUGUAAAGUUUAUCUACAUUUAAUGCAUUCAGAUGGUUCAUUUCACUGAUCGUAAGCUGAUGGGCUAAAAGGUUGUAAAGUUUAUCUACAUUUAAUGCAUUCAGAUGGUUCAUUUCACUGAUAGUGAAAGAUGUUUUAUUUGUUCAAAUGGUUGUCAUUUGCAUCACUGAAUGCUUCAUUAAAGGGACUGGGUAACAUUGUAAAGAUGAGAGAAAAUGGUGCCAAGGUAGUGACUUCAAUGCUAGAUGUACAAUUAAAGAUAAUA